AUGGUUAUGGCGUUGUCAAAACAUGCCGGACCGAGCUUGAGUGCUCAGUUGGAGCGGGUUCUAGUUGUGGAGGACAAACCCUUUCAACCGCGUGACCUUACGUUUCCUCUUGUCGCAUUUGGUGUGAAGAAUGUUGUGUGCCGCUCCUUUCAGCCGAGUUGGUUCUCCUCUUGGGAAUGGCUACAUUGGGAUUCAAAGAGCGAGCGUGCGUUUUGCCAUACCUGCUGCUUGGCUGUUUCGAAGAAACUUUUGAUCGCUAGCUGUGCUGAUGGUGCGUUUCUGACGAAGGGGUUCCAGAACUGGAAGGAUGCGACAACAAGCUUCAGGAGGCACGAGUCGUCCGAGUGCCACCGCGAAGCUGUAGAACGAUUGCUAACAGUACCUGCCACCACGAAAGACGUGGGUGAACUCUUGUCGUCCAAACUUGCGGAGGACAAAAGGGCUGCCCGGGAGUCCUUCCUGAAGAUUCUGUCUGCUCUUCGAUUCCUCGCUAGACAAGGACUUCCCAUGCGUGGUGAUGGUCCGCAGGAAGAAGAUUGCAAUUUCAGUCAGCUUCUAAAGCUCACCAGCUCCAGUGACCCAGCUUUUGCAGAGUGGUUGCAACGCAAAAGCAGCAAAUACACUGGCCAUGAUAUGCAAAAUGAGAUCCUGCAGGUCAUGGCUCACAGGAUACUGCGUGGAAUUAUCGAGGAAAUGCAGGGUCAGUUCUUCACAGUCAUGGUGGACGAAACUACCGACUCUAGCACUAUUGAGCAGAUGACUGCCGUAUUUCGUUGGGUGGAUGACCAGCUGGAACCACACGAGGAAUUUAUUGGCAUGUAUGCGCUGGAGAAAGCCGAUGCAGCCACGAUUUUUGGCAUGAUCAAGGACGUGUGCACAAGACUCAACCUACCAUUAGAGUUCUGCCGUGGACAAUGUUAUGACGGGGCAUCUGUCAUGAGAGGGCAUCGAAAUGGAGUCGCAGCACAGCUACUACAGAUAAACCCCAAAGCGUUAUACACUCAUUGCUACGGGCAUGCCUUAAAUUUAGCUUGCCAGGAUAUGGUUCGAGACAUCAAGUGUAUCAAGGAUUGUCUUAACACCGUGUUUGAGUUGUCAAAACUUCUGAAAUAUUCUGCGAAGCGCAAUGCCACAUAUCAAAGGCUCAAGGAUGACAUGGCUCCUGACCAAGCAGGAUUUCGAACGCUAUGCCCCACAAGAUGGACCACUCGCUCAGCCUCCCUCGCUAGCAUUGUUAGCAACUACUCCGUCCUGCAAGCCAGCCUUACCGAGUUUGAGUCAAUGGCUACGUAUGAUGCCGAGAUGUCAGCUCGUGUCAGUGGAAUUGCACACCAGUUCUCGCUGUUCAGUUUCCUAUUUGGAGUUAUGCUGGGACGCAAAAUUCUUGGCCUUGCCGAGAACCUGAGCAAGACGUUGCAGAAGAAGGAUAUUUCUGCUGCGGAAGGUCAAGCAGCAGCAACCGUCACUCUGCGAUCCCUGACAAGCCUUCGGAAUGAUACAUCCUUUGACACGUUUUGGGCGGACGUUGUCAAAGUGCAGUCAGCCAAUGACGUGGAUGAGCCGGUUCUAGCGAGGAAGCGGAAGACACCAGCUCGCUUUGCUGUCGGCACCGGCCCGGGUCACUAUCCUGAAAGCCCUGCUGACCAUUACAAGCCUAUCUACUUUGCCGCCAUUGAUACUGUGAUGGCAUGCAUCAAAGAGCGAUUUGAUCAGCCAGGGUACAAAGUGUACAGCUGCCUGGAGGGAGUUGUCCUGAAGGCUGCCAAUGGAGAUGAUUACAGUGCUGAGCUGGCACGGGUUGAGGACAUGUAUGCCACGGACAUCAAUGUUCCACUGUUGCAAACACAACUGCCGCUGCUCAAGUCCUUAUGCACAGGAGGUGGAAACAUCUCAAUUGGCACAAUCAAGACAGCCCUCCUCAACCUUGGUAGAGGUAGGGAACUACUGUCGGAGAUAUUUGCCAUCAUGAAGCUUAUCCUCGUCAUGCCUGCAAGCAAUGCCACCAGCGAGAGGUCAUUUUCAGCUCUUCGACGACUGAAAACCUAUCUCCGCACCACAAUGGCCCAGGCUCGCCUUAAUGCUUUGCUUCUGCUGCAUGUCCACAAGGACAAAGCAGAUUUGCUCAGCUUGCGGCAAUGUGGUGAUGAUUUCGUUGCCGCCAAUGAGCAUCGGUUAAACAUCUUUGGAAAGUUUCAAUAG